CAUGAUAAAAUACGCGCAUUAUCAAGUCACGUGACUGAAAAUAGUGUUAUGGAAGAUCGGGCUUUAAAAAUAUAAGGAAAUUUAAUUGAUCGAUAACUAAAGUUGCGAAAUGACUUGAGCAAAGACACCUUAGCAGACUUGUUACACUAUACCAAGCCAAGAUGGUAGCAAGGAAAAGCUCUCGGGUGAAGAAAACCACCGUGGUGUACCAGGCACCGGAACAGGUUUCUAGAUCUCCGAGGAACGCACCACAUAAGACGGUUACCCCACGUCGUUCAUUUAAUCGUGACAUUGAGCUGUAUAUGGAAUGCGUUGACGACGAGCUCUCUCCAGCGCAACUUAAAGCAAUUAAAGAAGCCCAGAAAGAACACGAAAAGGCCAACGAUUUGAUCAAAGAAGUGCGUGCAGGGAACACAUUGGUUCCCUCUUCACAACCAAAUACGUUCACCAUUGUACCACCGAAGCCAUCACCUGCUCCUCCCAAGCCCCCUCCUGCUCCAAAAGUUCAAGCGUCAGCAUUUUCAUCAGCGCCCAUCCAGUUGGACGCCAGCGCACAGAGGGGCCUACCCCCACCUAGACCAGCUCAAUUCCUCAGUAAACAAUUACAGGAGAUAAAAAAAUCAACAGGUGCCAAAAUUUCUCCAGAAGUCAUUUUAAUCUCAGACUCGACAGCUUCUUCGGGUACGGGUAAAGUGACAUCCGUCAAUGUUCCGCUGGCACAUAUUUCUGGGACCCCACUUCCAGUGCAGCAAAUGAACAGCCUGCUCGCACCACAGGGCUCUGGUGUCACCUCCCAGCAAGUGUACAAGUUUGUCAGCCUUCCCUCCAAUAUGCCAGCUAACAUCUUAACCAAUCAAUGGACGCUUAAACCAGUACUUGCUGGAGUGGCCCAACAACAGAUGACAUUGGUCUCCCCAACUUCACGUGCCAUCACAAAUGUUGCACAAAUAGCAGCAGCCAAGCUGAGUCAAGACCAAAUGCCUGCACCAAGAUCCACAGGGGAGGAGUUUAAUAAAGCGAUUGGAGGUUAUUUACUACAAGGGCAGGGCAGUCCUCAAGGCAGCACUCUGAUACACAACACUUACCUCAGUAGCCCUGAAGGAAGUAAUUCCAAGAACAAUUCUCAUUUGCUCACAGAUACAUGUCGACAUGAAAAGACAAUACAAUUUAAGAAGCGUAGGAGAAAGUUUUGUGUCAUUUCUAAAGCAUAUUCAUGGAAAGUUGGAACACAUUGUUUAAGAAUUUCAAAAUUGCUGGGUGUAUGCAAAGCAAAGCAACUUUAUGGUAACCCUCAGGUUUCAUUGGAUAGUAUGUACUCGAAAUUCAAAUGCUGGUUCAGAAAAAGAAAAAUUAAAGCAAAAGGAAAAAAAUCCAAGAAAUCAUCCCAAAGCUCAAGAAAAAUAGAUGGGAAUGAUUUGGAAUCAAGCUGUGCUCUUGAAAUACGUAAAAAUAUUCUGACAAUCAACUGUGAUAAACUAAGUCAUUCUGGUCAAGAAUCAGGAGAAUUCACACAUAUAACAAAAGGUAGAAACAAUUUAAAUGAUGAAUCAUUCAAUGAGGGACAAACACCUAAAACUUGUGAUAAUUUUGUUAAAACUGGUUGCAUUGCUAGACAGAACAGUGCAUAUGGGGAGGAAUUAAAAAUUGACAAUGUAUGUCAAGAUCUGUAUGGAAAGACUGGUGAAUUUAUGAACAGUUGCAAAUCUGUUGUGGAAAAAGAUGAUGACUGUUUUAGUACUGCCCCAGUGACAAGAAACUUGCAAUUUUGCCAAGAGGACAAGUUCGAAUUUGAGUUUCCAUGUUUAAAGUAUUUGGAAGAACAAACUGUUCCAAGAAUAAAGAUAAGUGCCUCCAAAACUAAGUGCAAUGAAGUGUCUAAGGAUGUAAAGAAAUGUUCACAAUAUAAAGCAAAUAGGAAGCUGGCCUCUGAACCUUUGACUGGUGACAAUUGUGAUUUUAUGACAUAUAAUUGUCAGGAUAAUAAUUGCAAGGAUAAUUUUACAGGAAUUUCUGAUUUGAACGUCGAGGUAGUCAGAACUCCAUUGGCUGAAUUGAGUAAUGCUAAUAAUAUUGGGCAUAACAAAGCUCUUUGGGAAAUACCAAUCCAUGAAUUAAAAAUUAGAAGAAAUCAUGAUAAAAAUAAUUCUAAAUUCUUCAAUGACACUGCAGAAAUAAGAAGAUCAGAUAAAGAAAACCUGAGUGAAUUAACAAAAGUGAAAUGUACAAAGUCUAACAAAGAGAAAAUUAAAGGGAAAGGAAAAGCGAAGUCGUUCCAUAGGCUCUAUGAAACUCUGUUAGAGAAUUACAUACCAAGACAGUUUGGAAUUGUCAAUAUGGUUUACGAAAGUGCUAGAUUCAUGACCUGUGAUACAGACAACCUUACUAUGAGGACAUCAGAUGAUUGUCCAACAGUUUCUGAUGGCCAGCUAAGUGAUAUAACAAACAUUGCUUGUGGUAACCUUAGAGAUACUGAAUUAGUUGGUGUGCAAGGCAAUAAUGGAAAUCCCAAUUCAAAUGAAACAAGGGAAAGUAAUGAGUCAGAUCUGCAAGUUCAAAGAUGUUUGAACAGACUUGUUGAUCAAGUUGUCAUGAAGGACAAGAAGCAAACAGAAGGUAUCAAUCUGGAAAAUGUUGAACAAUGUAACAAGAAUAAAACUAAAACAAAAGACUGUUUUGAUAAAGUUAGAAAAGUUGACAUUCCAGAAAGUACUAACAGUUUAUCAACUUGUACUCCUUUGCCUGAUUGGUCUACUGAAAAAUUACCAUUGAGUGAAGACUUUGACAUCCGUAUUUCAGCUUUAGGUAGUGACAAUUAUGAUGGAGGCCUUUCAUUGUCAAGUGAACAACUGCAGAUUAAUUCUGAUGAUGGAUGUUCAAAAUCAAAUGUGGUAGUUUGCAGUGAUAGUGAUAAUGAACUUACUCAAAAUGAUGAAAUAGGUAAUGAUUCAGACAUUAUAAAGAGAAAAUGGUAUGAAAAUAUUACUGUUACAGAUGAACUGUACAUUUUAUUGCUUUGUAAUCAGUUUGGUUUCACUAAAAUUUCAAAAGAUCUUCAGGUACCUAAAACAGAGUUAUUGAAAUUAAGACGAUCUUUAAGAAAAUCUAAACACUUGCAUAGCAAGGUUUCAUCUCUGAAUGUUGAUAUUACUGAUCCAAUGAAACACAACUUUCAUGGAGAUGCAUCUUGGAAGCUAGGAAAAGAUUUAAGUUCUGGUGAAGAUUCUGUAUUAAAAAAGUGCUAUCCAUGUCUGUAUGAAACAGCUCGAACUUUGUUCAAGAAAAGAUCGGAAGACAUUGAGGAGUUAAGCAAACAGGAAUGUAAUGAGACUGAACUUGAUGCUGCCAGUCAAGUAACAGUUAAUGAUAAUGUGAGGACUAAUGUAGAACAUGAUGGUGAUGCUGACAAUGUGUCUACUUUAUGUUUUGAAAAACCUCCAUUUGAAGGUAAAGGACAAUCAUACCUUAAAGAAAAAGUUAGUACUGAAAACAAAUAUAGAAAUAGCAGAGAACAAGUUCAUAAUAACACGGUAGAAAAGUUGUUAAAUACUCAUAAUGUAGUGGGAAAUAAUAGCGCAGAAAUUGAUUCAGAUAGUGAAUCUGGGGAUUUGGUAAUAGACUUAGAUGGUUUUGAAGGUAAAGAUUUUGAAGAUGAAAAUAGAAUGCACAGGAAAGAUAGGACUGAGUUUUCAGGCACUGACGGGAAACACUGUGACGUAAAAGUAACAGGCUUAAUAGAAUCUGAUACGCAAAAUGAUAAAGAUAGUAAAAAAGAAAGUGAACAUUCAUGCUGCUCAGAAAACUGUUCAAAAAGAGAAGAAAGUAAAAAGUGUGAUGGAUGUGCUGUUCUGAUGCACAGUGAUGAAGAAGAUAGUAACAGAUCACAAUUAGAAAAUGAGACACUAGGUAUUGGAUGUGAAAGGAAUGGAAAGAGCGAUGAGGCAGAUGUUUUAGAGUAUAUUAAUGAUGAUCACUGUUAUAGAAAAGUAUUAAAUGAAACUGCUGAUACCUGCAAUUUAAACAGAACUCUAUCAGUUGAACCAGAAGUCAUACAGAUUGAAGAUGAUGAUAUUACAGAUGAUUCUGUACAUGUACCUUUAAAUGAUUGCCUUACAUAUCCAGAUGGUGCAUUUCAGUUAUUUGAUGGAAAAAUUCUCUCAGUUUUUCGUGCAGUUUCUAAAGCUAAACUUGAUGAAAUCUCAAGGCAUCUUGCAAAAUUUGGUUUGAAGUCGACUGCUUUGAGAUAUAAAAUGCCAGAGGAGCAUAUACAGAUCCUACAAUAUCACACUUUGUCAUGCACUAAAAGUAAAAAAGUCAAUACAAUUCUGCAGCUGAAAGAUGGAAUACCAAAUAGCUAUGAAUCUUCAAAUCAUGUAAAUGAAUUAACAAGUAAGAUUUUCCCUGAGGUGAUUUCGUUUGACAACACCAGUUCAUUUGUAAGACAUCCUGUUUCAAGUAAUGAGAUGCCAAUAAGAAAAGAUAGUGCCAAAAGAUUAAAAAACUAUUUGAGAGAAAGGUCUAUGAGAGAAAUGAACUCAAUAUAUCAUAACAUACCUAUAGACUUACCACAAGGCCAUACACUUGUAGUUGAAAGUUACCAAAAAAGUGUAAAAUUUGAUUGCCAAGGAAAACCAGCAACAAACUUGGAUACUAGGUAUAAGCAAAGCUGUGAAGUUUCUAGAGAACAAACAAAAGUUUGUCCUAAAGACACAGACAACCCUGUCUUUACAAAACAUUUUUUAGAGAAUUUCACUCAAAACCGUUUAUAUUCAGCUUUAUCUAAAACUCCUAGUAAAGAAAAGAUUAUGGAAAACCAGGCAGCUUUUGAGCUGAUAGACACUCAAAAUACUAUUAAAACAUACAAGUGUAAUGGAAAGGAUAAGCAUAGAUACUCACCAGAGCUUCAAAGACAGUUGUUGCUUCUUGCCAGCUCUGUUGGGUUAAAAGCUGUUUCAGAAUAUUUCAGUAUUUCAUAUGAAACAAUGAAACGUUGGAAAGAGAAUCUUCGAAAAGCUUUAGAGAAAUACACAAAGAGUGAUAUUGAUAAAGAUCUUACAAAGCAAAAGCCUGUGAUAGAGCAUAAAAAGAGGAGGAUGAAACUCUCUAGAAAUUUGAAGAUAAAAAUAUGCCAUUUGUGUUAUUCAGAAGGGAUUCAAGAAGUAUGUGAGCAAUACAACAUUAGCAGGAAUGUGAUAAGAAGAUGGAUGAAUGAACUGAAGUUUGAAACUCUACAAAGCUAUGAGUUGACUAGUAAAGAGUUGGUUGAGUUGGUUGAUUAUGGUGAAUUCAAGUGCUCACUUUCUAACAUAGGGACGUCUAACAACAAUGUUUCAAACAAAAAAUUGUGCACUGAAGAAAGCAUAGACAAUGGUGAACAACUGUUGUCAUUGAGUCAGAAUAAAAAGGGAAAGAUCAUUAAUAGAGAAGGUAAAGAAAGUUCUUGUGUUAAAGUGACAAAGGAAAUAGGAGGGGAUCAGAGCUUUCAGGUGACAUACCCAAAUAAUAUGGAAGUUAUCCUUGAUAUUGGAGAUAAUGAUUCAAACUCGAAGGAGGAGAGUAUAAUAGAAGAUGUUGAAAGUGAUGGAGAAGACAACGCUAUUGUUGAGACAGAAACAAGUUUGAAAACUACUAUGAUAAGCAACACAAAUGGAAACAGUAACAAAAAAGAGAAUGUAAAAGAUGAUAUUUUGAAGGAUGAUUUUAUUGAUCAGAAUUCUUCAUUUAUGGAAGCAGUGAGCAAGGAAUUACUGUCAAAUGAUAGUGAAAAUGAAGAUGUUGUUGAGAUUGUGUCAUGGGAUGUGAGAAAUGAACAUGACAUUGAUGGCAUCUGUAAAGAACAAUCAAAUUUGCCAAAAAAUGAUAAAGCAAAUAAAGAGGUUGGUGUAUUUCUGGAAAAUGGUAAUGCCAUAAAACUCUGUAAGCAGCAAGGCUUUAGUCUGGAGGAAACAAACACCAUUGGUAUGGUUACUGCUGUCAAAGAGAAUACAAGUAAAGCUUUUUCAGAUAAAAAACUACUAGAUAAAAGCUCAUCAUUGCAUAGAAAUGAUGCCGACAAAGAUAAAAAAUUUAACACGGAGUCAUCUAUUGCUGAUAAGAAUAAUGAUACACCAAAUGUCACAGUGGAAAAAAACCAUAAUAAAUCAAGCUGUGAACAGGUGAAGCAAAGUACAUGUAGUGAAGUUUCAAAUGAUCAGAAUAAAGAUCCUGAUAAUCAUGAUUCCACUUUAGAUUGCAAUGUUCAAUUCUCACAUGCUAAUAAGAUUUUGAAUAGCUGCUCUGAAGUUAUGACUGAACAAUCAAAAGAUUAUGAUGUAGAUGUUUUGAAAAUCAACUUGGAUGGCUAUGAUAAUGGUGAAAUAAUUGCAGGAAAAGAUAGGAACAGUUCUUGUCUUCAAGAACCCCAGUUGCAAAUUACCUGUCCUGUAGAUAUAAAAGAUGAACCAUUUGAUGAAGAAUUUGAUCGCAUUGAAUAUGGAGAAAAUGCUAAAAAGAAGGUGAUAGACACUAAAAGGGCUGAGAACACUCGGAAAGAUUAUAAUCAUGAUAGAGCAAAUACAUCUGGGAUUGAUUUUAAAUGUGAUGAUUUUGCAAAUAGGGAUACAACUGACAAAGGAGCUAAAGGUACAGACUUUAUAGAAAGUGAAAUUAAUAAACUCGGAACAGGAGAUGGGGAUUCUAGCAAAUCUGAAGGAUACACUUUUCAGACCAAUUCUGGCAAUAGCAGCACUAGAUCAGAAGGUGCAGGACAAUCUACUGCUCCUGGAAAUGCAUCUAAUAUUGAUUUGAAUAUAAAUAGUUUGUCUACUGAAAAUGUUCAGAUUGUUGGUACACAGGAUUUAAUUCCUGGUCAAGAAUAUAUUCUUGUAGAUCCAAGAAUGUUUAACUCUGUAUCAAAUUCCUUGCAAAGUCUCACACCACCCACUUUAAUCAGACCUCGUUUGAACACUGUUAAUUCUGGAAGGCAAAGGGUACAAGUUAGUGGUUUGGUUCCCUCUGUACUUAAGGCUGGUGAAAAACCAACGCCAGUUCAUAUAGUUGAAAAUAGAAGUUUACAGAUAGGCACACCAGCAAGUACACCUGUUGGUUCUAUUAGUCCACUUCAGGGUAACAUGCCACGACCUAGCCUAACUUUAUUUGGUCAGCAGAACCGGUCAAGUGUUUCACCUAAUGUAAGAAAAGGAAGUAAUACAGUAAGGAGCUUACUUACAGGAAUGCAGGCAUCAACAAGAGUAGUUAGUAGCAAUGUUACCCAUAUGAACUAUGUAUCAGACCAAAGCCUUAAAAAUAGUGAAAGAAAACCCCUUCAACCUGUUUUGAAAUUUGGGAAAAUUGUGGUUUUUUCCCCCCAAAACUUAAGUAAAAAUUUCCAUUUAAACCCCAAAGGGUAA